UGCUAUAAAAACAUAACAGGAGGCCUUCGUACACAUGUACGAAGCAAGAUACAGGACGGUCCGUACAUAACGGGAGGCGGACGGGGAAGUGAGACAUUCGCAGAGAUGACAGACAAGAAGCUUGUUCUGGCUGUGCUGGCCCUCUCUGCGGCCACGCGCUGUCUGGCGCUGGAUUCCCUCGCUUGCUACGGCGAGCUGCAGCAGAGCCACGUGUUGUUCCGGACCGGGGCGAGGUCGCCUCUAGGAAACUACUCUGGCGACCCGUUCCCGGCAGAGAUGUGGGGCGGCGUCUGGGGCGCGCUGACUCCCACGGGCCAGGAGGACAUGUGGAAUCUGGGGAGCUACCUGCGGAUGCGCUACGACCAGUUCCUCUCGCCGAAGUACGACAGCGGCGAGUUGCUGGCCCGGGCCUACGAGCAGGACCGCGACAUACUCAGCGCCACCUACGUCGCGAAGGGCUUGUACCCGGCCAACACGUCGCCCGGCCAGUUCCUGCACGUGUUCUGGCAGGACGUGCCCGUUCACACGGUGGCCAAGGAGAUCGACCUGCUUCUCCCGGAUGGCCGGUCUCCCUGCCCCGCCUUCCAGGCGGAGUUGGACAGAGUCAACCGUUCCGCCGAGUACCAGGCCUUCAAGCGCGAGGCGGCCGGCUUGGAGAAGUACGUCGCGAGAUUAAGUGGGGGGAAAGCCCCUGAUUAUAUCUACGACAUCUUCGCGACCAAGCUCUUUCAUGGUUUGCCUAUGCCCGUCUGGGCUGCAGACAUCUUUCCUGAUCGUCUGAGAAUAUACAGUGCUGCUAACCUGUUCUUCCACGUGGCCUGCACACCAGCGCUUCGCAGGAUGUACGUGGGUAAGCUGAUACAGAAGAUGAUAACGGGCAUGGAAGGGCAGAUAAAGUGCUACCCGGACCACCAAACGAAGGUGUUCCUGUACGGCGGCCACGGCAGCACCAUCGUGGCGCUGCUUUCUGCAAUGGACGUGUGGCGCGGGGAUAUGCCAAACUUCUCAGCCUGCGUGAUGGUCGAGUUGCGGCGCAACAAGAACCACCACUACGUCGUCACGGUGUCCUACAAGAACGACACGACGCAGCCGGCGCAGGUGCUGCACUUGCCGGGCUGCAGCUCCGUCGCCUGCCCCUUCCCCGAGUUCGCCGCGCUGCUGGCGUCGCAGAUGUUCGACCCCGUCGAGUGCGCCGGCAGCCCGCCGCCGCCGCCGCCGCCUUGCGUCCACUGCGGAGGAAGCCUCCCGCCGCCUUGCGCCCACUGCGCAGGAAGCCUCCCGCCUCCCCAGCUCCUCAAUCCAAUGGCUGUACACACUACUCCUAUCUGGAGCAACGCGUGAGUUGUCAACGAUACCUACAGCUGAAUUUAAUGACGACUGACGUAAACGGAGAGAAGAAAUAUUCGUCUACACGUGUUAACAAGAUAAUUUACCUAAUGAUAAUGUAGUAUGUGUUACUUUUAUAUACAUAUUAUUUAUUUUUAUAAUUUUUGUAUUUUCGGAAAAUUGUUGGAAAUAUCAAAUAAAUCAUUAAAAAUAUUACGACACGCACAUAAUCCCAAACUGGAUUUUAUAUUUACAUGCCAUACCACAACUAUACACUUAACACAGAAUUAAUUCUUGCAAAAGUAAAAUAAUAUUAAGAUCAUUAACAAAUUACUUAAAA